AUGGUUCUGUUUCACAACUUUCAACUCAUCAGUGCAUGUGGUAAAGCUGAAUAUGAAGUGAAUGGAGAAUGUUGUCCUAUGUGUGGUCCUGGAUAUCAUGUCAACAGGCAUUGCUCUGAGGAUACAUCCACAUCCUGUAUACCCUGCUCUCCAUUCUCUUUCAUUGAUUUACCCAAUGGACUAAGUUACUGUUUCCCAUGUACAGUCUGUGAUUCCAGUCAAGGGUUAAGAACAAAGACAGAGUGUACAUUGACUGCGGACACCAUCUGUGAACCUCGUGUAGGAUUUUACUGUAUUGACCAACACAAACACAGUUGUAGAGCAGCUGCUGAACAUUCAAAAUGUAAUCCUGGACAAUACAUCAGACAAAAAGGAGCAGCAGAUACAGACACUGUGUGUGGUGACUGUGUUGGUGAAACUUACUCAGACGGCUCAUUCUCAUCCUGUCUGCCACAUACACAGUGUGAGAGUUCCAAGGGUGUUGUAAGGCCAGGAACUCAUUCAUCAGAUACUGAAUGCGAAGAAAAACAUACAGAAGAGAAGAUAUGA